GGCUUCCGCUUCCGGUGUGGGUGACGAGUGGUGCCGAAGCAGGGAGACAUCAAGGGACGCUCAGGCAGGGACCAUGGCGGAAGGCGGCUCGGAGCGGGCAGAUGGGCGCAUCGUCAAGAUGGAGGUGGACUACAGCGCCACGGUGGAUCAGCGACUGCCGGAGUGCGAGAAGCUGGCCAAGGAAGGAAGACUUCAAGAAGUCAUUGAAACCCUUCUCUCUUUGGAAAAACAGACCCGAACUGCUUCUGAUAUGGUGUCUACAUCCCGUAUCUUAGUUGCAGUAGUGAAGAUGUGCUAUGAGGCUAAAGAAUGGGAUUUACUUAAUGAAAAUAUUAUCCUUUUGUCAAAAAGACGGAGUCAGUUAAAACAAGCUGUUGCAAAAAUGGUUCAGCAGUGCUGUACUUACGUUGAGGAAAUCACAGACCUUCCAAUCAAACUUCGAUUAAUUGAUACUCUACGAAUGGUUACAGAAGGAAAGAUUUACGUUGAAAUUGAGCGUGCUCGGCUGACUAAAACAUUAGCAACUAUAAAAGAGCAGAACGGUGACGUCAAAGAGGCAGCCUCCAUUUUACAAGAGUUACAGGUGGAAACGUAUGGGUCAAUGGAAAAGAAAGAGCGAGUGGAGUUUAUUUUGGAGCAAAUGCGGCUCUGCCUAGCUGUGAAGGAUUACAUUCGCACACAAAUCAUCAGCAAGAAAAUUAACACCAAAUUUUUUCAGGAAGAAAAUACAGAGAAAUUAAAGUUGAAAUACUAUAACUUAAUGAUUCAGCUGGAUCAACAUGAAGGAUCUUAUUUGUCUAUUUGUAAGCACUACAGAGCAAUCUAUGAUACUCCCUGUAUACAGGCAGAAAGUGAAAAGUGGCAACAGGCCCUGAAAAGUGUUGUCCUUUAUGUUAUCUUGGCUCCUUUUGACAAUGAACAGUCAGAUUUGGUUCACCGAAUAAGUGGUGACAAGAAGUUAGAAGAAAUUCCUAAAUACAAGGAUCUUUUAAAGCUUUUUACCACAAUGGAGUUGAUGCGUUGGUCCACACUUGUUGAAGACUAUGGAAUGGAAUUAAGAAAAGGUUCUCUGGAGAGUCCUGCAACUGAUGUUUUUGGUUAUACAGAGGAAGGUGAAAAAAGGUGGAAAGACUUGAAAAACAGAGUUGUUGAACAUAAUAUUAGAAUAAUGGCCAAGUAUUACACAAGGAUAACAAUGAAGAGGAUGGCACAACUUCUGGAUCUAUCUGUUGAUGAGUCAGAGGCUUUUCUCUCGAAUCUAGUAGUUAACAAGACCAUCUUUGCUAAAGUAGACAGGUUGGCAGGAAUUAUCAACUUCCAGAGACCCAAGGAUCCAAAUAAUUUAUUAAAUGACUGGUCUCAGAAACUGAACUCACUGAUGUCUCUAGUUAACAAAACCACACACCUCAUAGCCAAAGAGGAGAUGAUACAUAAUCUACAAUAAGCGUCUCCAUGCCCUUAAUGCUUUUAGAAAAGAGUUAAAAUUGGAAGUCAUUAAAAAAGAAAAAGACUUUUAUGGUGUAUAUGUUGGGUUUUUUUCUAUUCUCAGCUCUUUUGUCUAAAGUUUAAAAGCUAGUGAAUAUGUUUGAGGCCCCUUUUGAUCUUCAGUUCCUCGAUUUCAUUGUUAACUUUGCAUUUGCAGUUGGUGCGAAAAUAUAUAAUACAUUUCUAUUGUGAGUACUCAAAAAAUUGUCAUAACUUACCUAAAUACAUUAUUCUAUCGUUGGAAACCUUUUUAGCUACUAUUUGUUUUCAUUCAGCUAAUAACCAUAACUAUAAUAAUAAAAGCAGUAUAUGCACGUUUACCUUCCAUGGUUACCUGUGUUUCUAAACAUUUUGUGGGAUAGUGAUUUAAGUGUUUUUUAAAUAAAAUUAAUUUUGUUGUAAAGCUAUUGAUUAUUUAGUAGAAUUUUAAAAGCAACAUAGAACCUAUAAGAACAUUUGGGAUAAAGUUGUGAUUUGUGAAGAAUUUGUAUUUUAGUAUUGUGGCAGAAAGUCUCUAGAUUGAGUGUGUACAGAGCUAUCUGGUAGGCUGUAGACUUUUUUUUUUUUUUUUUUUUUUGAGUCAAGCUAGUUUCAAUCACAGUAGCUUAUUUUUACCCCCUUUCCCUGACUUGACCAGUUGUUGAACUAAUUGUGUUGACAGAGGUUAAUACACAAGGUCAUUUUUAUAACUCCUUUGUGGCUUUAACUUCCAUGUGUAAUUACAUCAUUAAUGCUCCAAAUUCAUUCUCUCCUAUAGGAACUUUUGUUCCAUUAUAUGCAUGCUAGAUAACAACCUAAAAUGCAUUAAAAAUCACCAAAAAGACUUCAGGCCACCCUCUUGGCAAAUGGUAUAGUGUUGACACUUUUUUUUAACAGAACUAAACAAAAGUAGUUUUACUGUUAAAAGAAACAUCUGAGAUCACUUACUAUGAGCAAAUUUUAGAAGUUUUAAAAUUUGAUUUCAGAGAAAAUGGAAAAAGGAAACAACGUUAGGUUAUUUAAAAUAUGUUUAAAUGAAGAAAGUAUAAGGUCUUUUUUUAAAAACACAAAUAGAGAGGGAAAGGCAUUCUGGAAACAACAGUUUUCACAAUUCAUUUUCCAUUUAAUGAUCACUAAAUCGUCCUAUUUCGUGAUCCCAGGGCUGGGGACAGUUGUAGAACCUCUAUUGUGAAUAAUAACAUAUAUUAAUCUAAUUUUAUUCUUUGGAAAUUUAAUGUAUUGGUCACAUUAAUAACAAUAUCUGCUAUCACUUAUCUUUAAAAACUAACGAAAAAUAUGGCAAGGUAAGAAACAUCAGAAGUUUACAUUAGCAGUAAGAAUAUAGUUUUCAAUUUUCUUUUGAAUGAAAAGGAUGGAAAAUAAAAUCAUUUUGCAUUGUUAAUUUGUAAA